AUGAUGUGAAUCUGAAACUGAAUGUGAAAUCCAUAGGAGGACCAGGUGUCCUGACCGAAGAGCCGUUAUUUUCUCUCAGGGAACAGGGAUGUUGUGUGUGCUGAGAGCCUCAGGUAGAGUUGACAGAAAGCCACCUGAAGACAGAAGAUCUCAAGUCGGAAGUCUUUUAACCAGAGCUUCUUGUGAGAUCGGACGCUGAUGUGAAACUGAAAGCGGUUCAGAGGUUUGCUCUAAUUGGAAAUUGAGAAGGACCUUAAUGCAAAUAAGCAGGGAUGAUGUGAGAAAGCCUAUAUUUAUUUUCAAUUAUUCAUUUUAUUCCGGAUUAUGCAGGAUUCAGGACAUCCUCUUUGGGUUCUGCGCGUUUGAAAACUUCAGGAAAGUACCCAACAGAGGAAACACUUGUGAAACAUGGAUACUAUUAGGUUUCCCGAUUUCUUUGGUGAUAAAAAUCACUGGGAUCACACAUCUCGUUGUCUUUACUUCAUCAGAUGAGUCCAGUUUCAGACCUCAAGAAGUUAUUUUGUGACUCCUGACGAAGACCUAAAAUGCAGAAGUCAAACAACAGGAAGCUGUCUCUGUGCCAGGCCCUCACCCUCAUAACAAUACUGUUGUCUCCAAGUUGCCUGUUCUCUCUGCCUUCAUCCAGACGAGUACAGCUGGGAGGUGAGGGACCACAGAUGCACAGGCAGAUACAUUUCAUGAAUGAGUGGGCCUCGUGGGGCGGUUGGUCUGUGUGUUCACGCUCCUGUGGGGGAGGGGCGUCUGUCCGGACACGCACCUGCAUCACCAGAAAUCUGGUUGGAGGGCCGUGCCCGGGGAACACCAGGCAAUACAAGAUUUGUAACACAAAGGAGUGUUCUGCUGACUCUAUGGACUUCAGAGAACUGCAGUGUAAAGCUUUCAAUGACAGACCCCUGGUUGCUGGCAACAGUUACCGUUGGACUACCUUUCAUGGAGGAUCCGAGCCAUGUGAGCUCAGUUGCCUGGCAAUUGGACACAACUUCUACUACAACUUUGGACGGGUGCUUGAUGGCACACCAUGCCAAUCAGAUCAGGGGACAGUCUGUGUGAAUGGAAAAUGUCUGAAGCCAGGAUGUGACUUGAUCUUUGGAUCUGAGCAGCAGGAGGAUGUCUGCAUGGUGUGUGGAGGCCACAACUCAACCUGCCUUCAUCACAGAAGUGUUUAUCAAAGCAACGGACAGAACAACGGACUGUUUGGGUACAGUGAGGUCACUAUGAUCCCGGCCGGAGCCACACACAUCAGAGUGACUGAUAAAAGCAGAAACUAUCUAGCGCUCCAGAAUGGGCGUUCUCAGUUUGUGAUCAAUGGGAACUGGAAGAUCAAUGUUCCCGGCGAGUACAGUGUGGCAGGAACCAAACUUCUGUAUCGGCGCUCUGCUGAUACCUGGGAGAGCUUUGAAGUUCCAGGACCAACUCAGGAAGACCUGCACAUCAUGGUCUUGUCCACUGAUAAGAACUCUGGGAUUGAAUAUGAGUACUGGCUGCCUCCAGACCGCUAUGCCCUGUAUCAUGGGAGAAGUCAACUUCGGCAGCCUCACCACACAUCAAACCACUUACCCUUUGAACUUCCAACCACUACGACCACCAUUACUACAACACAGCCAGUCACAAAACAUCAUUUCUGGGACCCUGCUGCUCGCUGGCCUCUUCACCCCCCCCAUAAACAGCAGCCGGUCCCACGUUUGGAAAGAGAUGAAAACCGCAGGAACCGACUGCCUGAAAUACAUCGUAGAGGCCACUGUGGGAAAUGUCGCCGGGUACGAGGGAAAGGUGAGCGCCAGAGACAGUAUUGCCAAAAAGAUUUUGUAUUUCGAGCAAAAGUGCUGGAAAAAGUCUAUCGUGGAGAAGAGACCCGCUAUGACGUCCAAAUCAUCCACACAUACCGCAAUGGUUAUCGUCUGGAGCACCGGGAGUUCCUGUGGGCGCCCAACAGAUGUGACUGUCCCUUUCUGGAGGAGGGGCAUCAGUAUGUGUUGAUGCUGCGACAGCAUAUUAAUUAUGAACGUACUCUCAAUCGCAUCCUGUUGGAGGAGGACAGCUACGCUCAGCCUUAUCGAGCACGUGAGGACAGCCUGCUGCGCCCCCUAGAGGAGCUCUGCGGUAACAGAGGCAGAAGGACUCGGUUCAGGGGGUAAACACAGGGGCGAUCACACUUUCACUGCACACUCUGAAGUUCACUCUUGUGCCAAAAAACAAGGCACAGACAGACACCCUGCUCUGAUGACUUGAUGACUUUACUAAAGCAUUUUGCAUUCCUCUAUAAAGACAAUGGACACUCUGUUGGGAUGAAUUAUGUCCAUGAGGACAAUUAUGGGCAUGAGGCAAACCAAAGCAAAGAGAGUCACUAAAUGAAGCACUUUAGGUGGAAAAAAAUAUACACCAAAGUAAAUAAUACGAUUUAUGAUGCCCUUUCUAGCACCACAUGUUUGUUAAUGGCAUAAAAUAAUUUGACAGCAUGUCUAUUUUUAUCAUGUGCAUCAUCAUGUAUUUAUAAGCAGACAGUAUUUCUAGAGGAUGUCUUGAUUUAAAUAUUGCCCUAUAAUUUUAAAUGUUUUACCAUCAGUAUAUUUGCUUUUAUCAACGGUUAUAAAGUCCCUCAGUGAAAUGAUAAUGUGUUUAUGAGUCACAUAUAUAUUUACACAUUCAAGAUAAGCAGAAUAUACAUAUAACCGUCACAACAAU